ACCUUGAUGUUUUUAAAUUUCACCGUUCGCAAUUCACGUUUGCUUUUACGUUUAUUUGUUAUUUUUAGAUAGAAUUUAUCUUUUGGUGUUUGUAAUUGUCAUCAUUUAUUUGACUAAAAUAAUGAAUAUUCAUAUAUAUACUUAUUAAAAUCAAGCUCGGUAUAUUUUUUAGAUAUAUGGUAUCUAUUAAAAUUUCGUAGUUAUUUUCCUAAUAAUGGAAUUUCCGCCAAUUAUUGAUAAGAAUGACUCUUUAAAAGGGUGGACAAAAGAAGAAAAGUUUCAAUUAUUGCAGGCCUUGAAAGAACAUGGAUUACAUAACAUUAAAGAAAUUAUUAAAUGUUUUGUAAACAAAAGUGAAGAUGAAAUCAAAGGAGCUAUAGAAUAUUACAAGAAUAAGGCACUCGUACAUCCCAAAAUGCAAGAAAAAAAAUCAAAGAAAUGUAAUAAUCUUCCAACAAUACCUUUAGCUAGCUGGGCAAAAUUCUUAAUUGAAUCUUAUGGAUUUGAAGAUCUACAAACUGAGACAGCUACUGCUUUGCGGAUAAUAGCAGACUUUGAAGACAAACCACCAGCUGUCUGCACAAAUAAGUUUGAUUUCAAGAAAAUAUAUCAUAUGCUUGCUGAUGCUUUGGAAGGCAAGCCUAUACCACAUGACAAACUGACAAUGGCUAUGUUUGACAAAUGUAUAGUUGAAACAGCACUUACUAGUAAAGCGUUUAUUAGAAGCACAGCAUAUAAACAGAUCUUACAAUCAAUAAAUAUUUCCGAAAAAAAUAUGAAUGUUUUAACAAAGCCAACUGAAGAUAAUGAAUUGUCAAUUUUAAGACAUUUAGCUUCACAAAAAAACUACAAUCCACUGAAUAUACCUGAAAACUAUUUAAAAUCAUCCUCACAUACAUCAUAAGAAUUAAUUUUUUUGGUAACAGAAUCAGUUUGUUCAUUGUCUUAUGUUUAAUUUUUACAUAUAAGAUGAAAAUUUAAUAAAAAAAUGUAA